GAGAGAGAGCAAUAAAUUGCAUGCAUCCACACUGGAGCAGCGUCAUUCUUAAAGUUCACAUCAUGGAGUUCAAAGGAGUGUGUGCGCUGCUGGGAGUGUUGGUACUGGUGAACUACUCGUUUCAGCAGAAUCCACUGAAGAAGAAGCCACUGAAAAAAGAAGCAACAAAGGAUCCUGCCAUUGAGGAGCUACAGAAACAGAUCGAAGCCAUCGUCCAGGAGCUCAACCUCCUGAAGGAACAACAAGCCCUGCAGACAGUCUGUUUGAAAGGCACAAAGAUCCAUGGCAAGUGUUACUUGGCUGACCCUCUGAGAAAACGCUAUCACACUGCCAGUGAGGACUGCAACGCCAUGGGCGGUGUCCUUGGCACGCCCACAUCCAGCGAUGUGAAUGACCAGCUCAGAGAUUACAUCCGCCAGAGCAUCGGCCCUGAUGAGCAGAUCUGGCUGGGCGUCAACGACAUGGUGACCGAGGGCACCUGGAUGGAUACGUCUGGCUUCAGCAUUUCAUACCAAAACUGGGACACGUCCAACUACCAGUCCCGUCAGCCAGAUGGUGGGAUGUCCCAUAACUGUGCUGUCCUGUCUGUGGCCUCCAAUGGGAAGUGGUCUGACGAGAACUGUCGUGACGAGAAGCCCUCUGUUUGCCAGUUCAACAUUGUUUGAUUCCAUUUAUGUCAUCAUAGACAACGCAUGGUUGUAGCUGCUUUCAGUCUGUACCCUUGAUGCAAUGCCAAUUUGCCUACUAUUCUAAAAAGAGUUUAAAAUCAGUGGUUCUCAGCUGGUGUUGCAAUGAGACCAAAUGUUUGCCCAAAGGUCACAGUAGUAUUUUUUAAAGACAUGUGAUCUGGAGAUGUGUCAUUUACUGCAUUCUUUGUGGUCACAAUGAAACCAAGAAGAACGCCUUUCAGUCUAGAAAAAUUGUUUGUCUUUUCCGAAAGAAAUCCAUGACCCCGCCUUUAUGUCAAAGAUUUAUUUUAAGGUUAGAAUGGUUCCAUUAAUUCUAAAACAUAUACUUAAUGGUUGAAUGAAAAUGACAGCAUUCCUAUGACAAAAUGUAUGUGUUGGUGCUGGCACCUUUCACAAAUGUAAAAACUGGGUGCAGUAUUCCAAUGUAUUUCAACACCUAUGAUAGGAGUUAAACCCAUUGGCUGAGAAUCACUGGUUUAAUCGCAGACAUUCUUUCCCAUCUACUGUAUUUAACAACAGAACUCGCAUUGAGCUGGAAAUUAUUAUAUUGCAUUAAAGAGAAAAAUAAACUCAA